GAGGAGCUCGAGAAUGGGAUCGCGUUGGCCACCAAACUCGGGGACAAGGACACCGCCCGCAAGUACGAGGCACAGCUUGCGGACCUCCGCAAGGGCCCCAGCCUCACCAUCCAGGAGCGAGCCCAGCUCUGCCACGCCCGCAUCAAGCAGUUGGAGGAAGCUCUGGGUGUGGAGGUCGGCAAGCUCGACACGUACCAGAGCUGGGUCCGCACGCAGACGGAAUGCGUCAAGAAGCUCGAGCUGGCUCUUGCCGAGGCGGACGGAGAAUGCACCCCCAUCGUCUCCGAGCUCGCGGAUAAG